ACAAAGACGAAAAGAAAAAGUUAAUGAAAAGUGUUUUUCUUUUUUAAUUUAAUUGGAAUCUUUUGUUUCUUUUAAUUACCAUGUCAUCCAGAGCUUUUAAAUUUAAUUUCAGUGAAGGUGAGAAGGUUCUUUGCUAUGAACCUGAUCCAAAUAAAGCGAAAGUUCUUUAUGAUAGUAAAAUAUUAGAAUGUUGUGUUAAGAAAGAUUCUAAAAGUAGGAAAACUGCUGAAUAUCUUGUUCACUUUUAUGGUUGGAAUUCAUCAUGGGAUCGACAUGUUGCCGAAUGUAAUAUUCUUAAGGAUAAUCCAGAGAACAGAACUUUACAAAGACAAUUGGCUGAAAUUGCUGCCGAACCGUUGAAAGGUAAAAAAUUGAAACUCAAUAAAAUACCCGCUAUAAUUAGAGAGGUUGUUGUUAGUUUACCUCGUGAGAAUAAUAAUGACAAUGAAAAAAAGGAUAGUCAAGGUGAUGGGAAAAUGGUUAAAUCUGGUGGAGAUGUUGAUGGUUUAAACAGUUACAGUGAUGAAUCUAAUGGUAAAUCAGAUGUAAAUAGUGAAAACAAUAAUUCUGAAUCAUCUCAACAUGAUGAUGGACCAUUACUUCAACCAACAUUCAUGCAAUUACCUGAUGAUUUGAAAAAGAUAUUGGAAGAUGAUGCAGAAAAGGUUGAUGGUAAAGGAAAGUGUCACAAUUUACCCGUUAAGGUAACGGUUAAAAUGAUUCUAGAUAAAUAUUUAUCUGAACAUUUUGAUUUUGGUGAUGGAAUUAACAAUUGUAGUAUAACAACACGAACCCGAACUUCAAUCGCCAAAAAGGAAUCACAAUAUAUUUUCAAAGAAUUUGUUUACUCAAUGGAAAAAUAUUUCAAUUCUUUACUUUCUGACCAUUUACUUUAUUCAUGUGAGAAAACUCAACUAUUAACCUUAAAGAAACACAAAAAUCUCGAGAUGACUUCAAUCUAUGGAUUUAUUCAUUUACUUCGUCUUCUAGUUGUUCUACCUGAAUUCUUCAUAGUCACACCAGGAAUCACCAAGAAACAAUCAAAUGCCCUACACAAAUUAUUUCAAGAUUUCAUUUCAUUUCUCAACAAAAAUAAAUCAAAUUUCAUGAAAAACGAUUAAACCAAAAAAAAACCAACAAAACCAAAACCAAAACCAAAACAACAAACAAACAAAAGCUCAUCUGUACAACUGAACAUCUUCACCUUCAUCUAAUGUCUCAUUUAAAUUUCUAAUUUUUGUUAAUAAUUUAUUUUGAAAUUGAAAUUCCAAAUUGAAAUAAAUUUCCAAUCAAUCGAAUUGGAAGAAAACGAAA